GGGAUUGUCGCGUGCACUUUUUCCGACAAUUAACCUUUCUCGGACUAGCUGUAUAUCGUUAGUGCAAAAGUCAGAUUUAUUAAAAUUCCAAAUUGGUGAACUGUUUUCAGAAUAUUUGCUUCACUAUUCAGCAUAAACACCAUAAAUCAUUCUCGUUUCCAGAGCUGCAAUCCUUUUGGUCCGCGUCGCCGAGAAUGGGCAUAAAUAUGAAAUCAAUAGUGCAUAUGUCCGUCUACCGAAGAGCCAUGAAUAAGGGGCAAAAAAGUGAACUGCGACAGAAGCAAUUUAACCAGCUGCUCCUUGCACAUUAAGUGAAUCCACGUAAAUUCUGCCUCCUCAUAAAAUAUUAGACUUCAGUCUCUGUAAAAGAGUUAUUUGCAAUAAGUUACAAAGAUAUACAAUGAAUAUUAUUGAAUGUGACUGUUAGUGAAUGAAAAUAAGUAAUGUGAUGGACUUAAAAAGUGUGAGUAAAUUUAAUGUCACGAGAACAGUACGCAUCAAAGCCAAUUAACCACUUACAAUCACCCAUUCUGCGAUAAACGGAAAUUACAAAGAAAGCAGAAAACAAACAAUCAGAAAGACCAUAAGUGUCUCGUGAUGAUAUAUCUUGAGAGGAGAGAAGGAGAAAUAAAAGUACUUCUAAACAUAUUAUAAUAAUAAGUGAAGGAUUCAUCAUUCAAACGCCCUGUCUGUGCUUUAGCAAUAAAAACCUUGACCCCUCCAUCGGUAAUUAACGGUAGUUUUUUUUUUUUUCAUUUUUUCCCCUUUUUUAAGGAAACAAGACAUAUAUUUUUUAACCUUUUCUUAUUAUAUCUGACAUUUAAUUUGUCGACAGGCAGGUGAAAUGGUCUUAUCUCGUCAUUUUCCCAGUCUCAAGUCAAACACAGUUUAGGACGUCUAUGUAUUUUAGAUUAGCAUGACAAUGCUCGGUAGAUGCAAAAAGGGGUAAUUUUUCACACGCUAUUCUUGAUACAUAACUACACUUCCACAGCAGAUAUUCUAAUAACGGUAAAUUCUACCAAGAAGGCAAGGGAGAAUCGGGAUUCAAGGAGAACGUUUUACAACAUGUACUCUUAACUGUUUUGAUUCAUUAUUUGACAAGACAUGGAAGUUCCAAAAUCUUUUUGUCUCUGGUAUCCAUUUUUUAUACUUGCUGGGUGUAUUGUGAGGUUAACAAUCGCUUAUCAUCAAGGCAAAUGUGAGAUAAGUCGGGGCAGACAUCGACUGGGGACAAACCAUGCCAUGCUGGGACAUAAAAAUUUCUCUUUGUUCCAAGCCUAUGACUGUCAUGUGAAAUGUUUCGAAGAGAAGUGCCGAUGUCGAGCGUACCAAAUAUGGCAAAAACGCUGUGAGCUAUUGGACGAAGAUAGGUUUUCCGCUCCCAACGAUUUCGUUAACGAUGCCGAGUACACCUACUUCGACAUGAACCGGGAAUUUGCUAACUUGGUAAGACAAACGCUGAAAUUGUUGAUGAUUUUUACUUUAGUUUAAUUUCCAUAUGUUUGGACCGCAUUUUUUGGUUGCAGGCUAGCGAGCCAGAUGAAGUGUUUUUAAAAAAGGGAAAAGCCAUAAUUUCUUUGUAAACAAACCCUUUCAUCCACCGUCGAGCAAAGGUGAUUUCUAUCAGUAAAGUUGCAUUAAGAUCUCCUGAAAGAGACAAACACAGGGGAAAAAUAUAUACAGGCUGACUGCUGAGCACAACCAGAAUGAAAUGAGGGGGGCGUUGAUUUUUUCCUCGCCAGCUGGAAGCGUUUAUAAUUAAGAAACAAAAAAAAGGGGAAACUUCUAUCGAACUUCGUGCCGUUUAAUCUUUUGAGUGUGCAGAUGAUUUCUUUUCUUAUUACGUAGGGUCUCUAUGGUAACUUAAUUAAUCUUCUAGACGGGAAUGUUUGCUUAAAACUCAGUAUUAAUGCUUAAUAAAUGAAUAUCAAGUCUUUAAUCAUAGACUUCACAAGGAAAAAAAAAGCAAAUUAAGAGAAAAACAAAAUGGCCGACCCAAGAUGGCCGCCUUGUGCCAUUCAUAAGCCCCGUGCAAACGGACGCAACAUUGUUGGAUGUUACAUGUUGCGUCCGUUUGCACACCCUCUUGCAUGUUGUUGGAUGCGGUUGCGUGUUGUUGCGGAAAGUUUGAAACCGGUCAAACUUUUCACCCAACAACUCCCAACAUUUCUUUUGUUCCGUGAUCGCCGAAGCGUAGCGCAACAAUGUUGGAUCCGUUUGAACAGCUCUUCCGACAUUGUUGGGGCCACUUACGCUCAUUACGCAUGGUUUACAAAGACUUAUGGGUUGUAUCCUUCCCACGAUGCACUGCAGGUCCCAACAUUGUUGGCCCAACAAUAUUGGGCGUUGUUGCGUCCGUUUUCACGCAGCCAUAAAUCAAUUCUUUGCUUGGCGACGUGCUAUUGUGAUUAAAAAAAUAUUCUAUAAAAGUUGGCUUCCAUAUCAAGAUACGGCCACUAAAAUUACACAGAAUAAUAUACUCAUCAUUUCCAACAUCAUGAAAUAACUUGAUUGACACAGUGACGUAAUUUGACGUCAUUAUGACGUUUAAACUUAUUUGCAGAAUCUUAAUUCCAUCAAUUAUAAAUUUCCCUCAAAGCGAAAAAUACUGAAAUAGUAGGGCGUCGGGCAAAAUCAAGAAGUUGGCUAUCACAUUAAUAAUCUUUAACAAUAGCAGUGAUGUCAUGAUGACGUCAUUUGAUAUUUAAGAAGGAUCCCUUGAACCAUCCGCCAUUUAGGAUCCGUCCUUUUGAAUUAAUCAAAUGUACUCAAUUUUCUUUAAAAUCCGUAAAACUAGAGUUAAUCGAGAUAGAAAUUUGAUAGUUGUAUAAAAGGAUGCCCAGGAAGCAAAAAAAAAAAAAAAAAAAAAAUUCUGCAAGUUGUGAAAUUCCAAAAACCCAGCUCCCGGUCUGAAUUUGGGUCAAAUUAAAUAUUAACCUACUACCCUUUUAUCAUUCUCAAACUUGAAUUCUCAUCAUAUUAUUUCUAAUGAUAUAUCACAAUAUCAUCAAAAUUCGAAAAUUGUUGUUUAUUUUUAGAUCCCUGUCAACGCAAGAUCAAAGAGACUAUGCAUCAAUCAUUGCUGCGAGCAGAAUCCUUGUGCUCAUGGAGGAACGUGCAUUGAAUUGUGUGGUGAUGCGAAAGUAAAGUUUAAUUGCACCUGUCCCACGGAAUAUUUUGGCAGAUUGUGCCAUAAACAAAGACCUACAUCUUGCAAGGAACAAUUAAAAAAUGACAGACGCAGCAGUUCUGGUGUUUAUCAACUGUUUGAUCCAAGGAAAAACUCAUUGUACCAAGUCUUUUGCGAUUUUAGGUCAGCUGAUUCCAUCAUCUGGACUCUGGUCGAGUCGUUUAGCUUCAGUUAUAAGUUGGAGUUCAGGAGUGAAACAUUUUUAAACGAUUACCCAGUAAAUCAACAAGCCUUCACGUGGAAAAAGUUCCGUUUAUCCUUGUCAAGGAUGAAGGCCAUAGCAAACUACUCAACACAUGUGCGUGCAACAUGCAACUUUGACACAGAUGGUCUUAACUACACCGAUUAUUUACGAGCCAAGUUUAGUGAUAUUAACGUUAUGCAUUUCAGUGAUCUCGAUUGCAAAAAAUUCGAGUACAUCAAUAUCAGAGGCCACGAGUGCAUUAACUGUACCGCUUACUUUGGACAAAAUGAACAUUGGCACGCUCAUAUUGAUUCCUACCACGGAAUAUCGAAGUGCCAGCUAAAGAGCACAGGGGCGAUGAUCUACAAAGGAGGGGAGGAUAAUUUUGGUUGGUAUGAUACAGUUAAUCCUAUUCACAGAUGCACAAGAAACGACAUUUCUACUACGCAGUGGUGGUUUGGUGAAACAUAG